AUGAAAUACCGGCUACCUGACGUUGUGCAGCAACCGUACCAUCAUGAUGCUCGUUCCAGACCGCGGAAUUUUGGUGUUCACCAUUUCAAUCGGAAGCCCUUCACGAGUGAAGAGGAGGCUGAGAGUGUGCCUACUCGUGAGGUCGAGGACUCCCUCUCACUGCCACCAUCGGAGGAUGAGCUGACUCAGGCAAUUAGGCACCUACAGAAUGGCAAAGCUGGUGGUAUGUCAGAGAUUGUGCCGGAGCUGCUGAAGAGGGGAGAGCGACUUGGCUGCGAAACAUUGAUCGAAUUGAUCGAGGUUAUCGCUGACGAAGGUCUCCGGAUAGCCGUGGACCACAAAUAUGCUCUUCAGAAUGGGAACACACCAUUACAUGAUGCAGCAGAGAAUGGUCAUGUUUCUGUAGUAAAAUAUCUUCUCACUUCUGGAAAUUCGUUGGAACCAAAGAAUAAUGAUCAAGAAACACCAUUGCACUUAGCCUGUAAAUACGGCAACCCGGAGGUUAUAGAAUUUCUGCUUGAAAAGGGUUCAGAUCUUUUUGCCUUGAGCAAGGACAACAGGACAUGCCUAGACUCUGCAGUAGCAAGUAAUGACAGCAAGCAAGCUCUGCCUGCAGCUAGACUAAGGGCAAUUAUCCGCCAUCUUGAAAGCAAGUACCCAGAGGAGCAGAAGAAGGUAAUGGAAAUUGUUCGACAUGCCGCUGGCAAGAGGACUGCUGAUUAUCGCAACCGUCGUUUUCUUCAGACUUACUUUCAGCUGGAGGAAUUUUAUUCCGAAGGCCAAGUGGACGCUAACACUCUAGUUGUUCUAGUUAGCGGGGAACAACUUGUUGGGAAGUCCACACUGAUCAAGACAUUGAGAAAAGAAGGCACCAAUGGCACAUCAAACGACUCGAAACGAACCCGAGGCAUCCAGAUGUCCAACUUCACUGAUGAGCGUGGUCAGCAUUUGCGUAUCAAAGAUCUCGCUGGGCAGGACGCGUUUUCAGCGACACACGACAUUUUUUGCCUAUCCACAUCAGUACCAAGCCUCGGUCUUGCUGUUGUCAAUAGCAAAUGGGACGAGAAACUGAUUACAACAAGCAUAACCACUACAGCUGGUCGGUUUUUGAGCCGGAUGCCACCAUCGGUAACAUCAGACCAGCCGUUCAAUGUCAUGAUCAUUGCGACCUUUCGCGACGAGAUCAAGAGAGAGGAUCAUGGAAAACUUGCUGCAAAGCUUGCCACAAGCUAUAGUAGUGUCGAGGAGGAGUUUGGUGAUAAACUCCACUUUCGAGGAUGCUUUCCUAUCAAUGCGACCGUCAAUGACGCAAGCUUCGACCGCCUGAGAAAAGAACUUUCUGAGGUCUGCAGAGAUAUCCUGAGCUGGUGUUGGGAUGCUCUUGUGGCAUUGCAUUGGUCUUAG